UUUCUGCAUCCCUAUUGGUUAAAGUUAAACCUCAAAUCCAUAUCUCUCUCUGAUCAAUUUCUCUCUCUCUCUAGGGAGAGAUAUCAAAAAGCAAGUAUCUUUUUCAACUUAUUAUUAAUCCACAAAAGUAAAAAAAAAAAGUAUCAAAUGCCAAAUGGGUAGUGGCACUGCCACUGCACUCACAAUAACCAUCAAUUAUUCUUCCCACACACAAAUUUCUUAACUUUGUUACCAAAAAUUCAAAAGGGUCCUCUUUUCUUUAUCUUUAGGAUCUAAUUCCAUCUGGGUUUUCUUUCUCUUCAAGGAAUUUGAAUGGUUUUGGUGAAUUGGUGUAGACUUUGUUGCAAAAAUGAAGUAAAGUUAUAGUUUCUUGGCGAAUUGGUGAAUUUGAAUGUCUGUGGCAUAUAGUGGUGAUUUAGUUGAAGAUUAAUUUAGAUACAAGUAGUGAAAAAGUGAUGGCAGCAGAGUCAAAUACUGGUUUUCAUUAUGGUGAUAUGAAUUCAUCGUUGAAUUGGCAUGCAAUAUCAUUUGAAUCUGGUGGUGUUGUUAGUAGCUUGCCUGAGAUGGUUCCAAUGGGAAAUUAUUUUGGGUUGAACAAUGAUACAGCUGGGAUGAUGAUGUAUUCGGGGAAUUCAGGUGUUGUUAAUAGGAAUUCGUCGGUUUUAAGUCAACCGGGGAUUGCGUCUGGCUGUUCUCUUCUUGUUGAUUCUGUCCCUGGAUUGAAGCAUGAUGCAGGUUUGGCUGCUGAGUGGUCUGUUGAUGAACAGUAUAAAUUGGAGGAGGGGCUUCUCAAGGCUAGACAUGCUGAUGAGCCGAGUAUCAUGAGGUACGUCAAAAUUGCUGCCUCAUUGCGUGAUAAAACUGUUCGUGAUGUUGCUUUGAGGUGUAGGUGGAUGACUAGAAAGCGAAGGAAAUCAGAAGAGCACAUGGUAAAGAAGAUCAACAAUAGGAAGGUACAUGAAAUUAGGAAGCUGGAUAAGCCAAUGGUUUCAUCACCAAAGCAGUGUAUGCAACCAGUUCAAACCCCAAGUGUGACCACGUACUCGUGUGUAUCACAACAUGUGGACAGAAGUCAACGGAUACCAUAUGAUAAUGGAAUUUGUGAUCCCGUGAAGCGACUCUUGGAGCAAAAUGCUCAAGCUUUUAGUCAAAUAAAUUCCAAUUUAUCUACUUUCAAGUUGCAGGAUAACAUCGACCUCUUCAGUCAGACACGGCACAACAUUAGUACCAUUCUUGAUGAUUUGUGCAGCAUGAGAGCGAUGCCUGGUAUAAUGAGCCAAAUGCUUCCACUUCCUGUGUCGAUUGACGAGGACCUUGCAAGUAGUAUAUUACAUAAUAAAACUCAGGAAAUUUCUGACUCCAUCAAGAUUGCCUACUCAAAGUGGACAAGUGUAGAGAGAUUGGCAUUUUUUGUGUGGAAGUCAAUUGUUUUGGUGCUGCAUGGGAUUGAGGAGCCACAUCAUAACCAAUAUCACACUAUUCCGGAGUUUCUAAUUCAUCUUUGAUCUUACUUUUCUAGUUUGUCUAUUUUGUUUGAAGGAAUAUUUGCACUUUUGAUGUAUAAAUAUUUGCAAAAGGAAAAAAAGGAUAGGUAAAAGGAACUAGCGUAUCAAUGGUUUUGGAUUAUUGAUUAUUCUAUCAUGGCCUUAGGAACUGAUGUAGAUCUUUGAUUCUAGUUUGCCAUGGUGACUAGCUGGCUGGUUUUGUAAUAUGUAAAGGAAAAUCAUUAUUAUUUACAUUGUUUCAUGGUUGUACAUGAGGAUAACAAAUUAAUGUCAUUUGCAAUUUGUGGAAAUUAAUGGCUUUAGCCAUUUAAUUGAUACCAAA